GGGACAUGGGUGAGAGCGAGGAGGAGGAGGAGGAGGAGGAGGAGGAGGAGGAGGAGGAGGAGGAGGAGGAGGAGGAGGAGGAGGAGGAGGAGGAGGAGGAGGAAGAGGAGGAGGAGGAGGAGGAGGAGGAGGAGGAGGAGGAGGAGGAGGAGGAGGAGGAGGAGGAGGAGGAGGAGGAAGGGGAGGAGGAGGAGGGGGGGGAAGGGGAGGAUGAGGAGGAGGGGGGGGAAGAGGAUGAGGAGGAUGAGGAGCAGGAGGAGGAGGCGGCCGCUUCUGCUAGGACAUGACAAGAGGGAAAAGGUGGAGGAA